AUGGGACGGCGCCCGCAGCUCCGGCUUGUCAAGGCCCUUCUCCUCCUGGGGCUGAACUCCAUCUCCGCCUCCCUCCAGGACCAGCAUUGCGAGAGCUUGUCCGUGGCCAGCAACGUCUCUGGACUGCAGUGCAAUGCUUCCGUGGACCUUAUUGGUACCUGCUGGCCUCAGAGUCCUGCAGGGCAGCUGGUGGUUCGACCCUGCCCCGCUUAUUUCUACGGUGUCCGCUACAACACCACAAACAACGGCUACCGGGAGUGCCUGGCCAAUGGCACAUGGGCCGCCCGCGUGAACUACUCCGAGUGCCAAGAGAUACUCAGCGAGGAGAAGAAGAGCAAGGUGCACUAUCACAUUGCUGUCAUCAUCAACUACCUGGGCCACUGCGUCUCCCUGGUGGCCCUCAUGGUGGCCUUUGUCCUCUUUCUGCGGCUCAGGAGCAUCCGAUGCCUGAGAAACAUCAUCCACUGGAACCUCAUCUCAGCCUUCAUCCUGCGCAAUGCCACGUGGUUCGUGGUCCAGCUCACCAUGAGCCCCGAAGUCCAUCAGAGCAACGUGGGCUGGUGCAGGCUGGUGACAGCCGCCUACAACUACUUCCACGUGACCAACUUCUUCUGGAUGUUCGGCGAGGGCUGCUACCUGCACACAGCCAUCGUGCUCACAUACUCCACGGACCGGCUGCGCAAGUGGAUGUUUAUCUGCAUCGGCUGGGGUGUGCCUCUCCCCAUCAUUGUGGCCUGGGCCAUUGGGAAGCUGUACUAUGACAAUGAGAAGUGCUGGUUUGGCAAAAGGCCUGGGGUGUACACUGACUACAUCUACCAGGGCCCAAUGAUCUUGGUCCUGCUGAUCAAUUUCAUCUUCCUUUUCAACAUCGUCCGCAUCCUCAUGACCAAACUCCGGGCAUCCACCACCUCUGAGACCAUUCAGUACAGGAAGGCUGUGAAGGCCACUCUGGUGCUGCUCCCCCUCCUGGGCAUCACGUACAUGCUGUUCUUCGUGAACCCCGGGGAGGACGAGGUCUCCCGGGUCGUCUUCAUCUACUUCAACUCCUUCCUGGAAUCUUUCCAGGGUUUCUUCGUGUCUGUGUUCUACUGCUUCCUCAACAGCGAGGUCCGCUCUGCCAUCCGGAAGAGGUGGCACCGGUGGCAGGACAAGCACUCAAUCCGUGCCCGCGUGGCUCGCGCCAUGUCCAUCCCCACCUCCCCGACGCGUGUCAGCUUUCACAGCAUCAAGCAGUCCACAGCAGUGUGAACCGGAGGACCACGGACCGGCCCCCGAGACCUACGGUUGGGGAGAUGGCCGCCAGGCUUAGCCGGCC